UACUCCGGUGGGUGGGCGGUGCUCGGAGCGUGGGGAUACCGAGGGGCGGGCCCCCAGCUUAGAGCGUGACCCGACCCUGCCUGAUCCUUAGGCCUACGCCCACCAUUUCCCAGUCCCCUAGAGCUGGGGCCAGACACCGCACAGCCCUAGUGCUGUUACCAAUCGCUGCGUGCGCCCCGGGGGCUGUGCCCAGCAGCUUCCUGGCCCUUCUCCAGCCAUUAGCGUCCGUUUUCCAGCCCUGCUGCCUCACUGAGGCCCCUUCCCCAGAGCCAAGGCACUGAUGUUUGAACUGGAAACUUCAAAACUUUUAAUAAGAGUCUUCAGGAUGGGUUUGAACUAGACAAGCUAGAAAUUUCUUUAGAACACCAGCUCCAGCAUGCAUCUCCUAUUUUUGGCUUUCCUGGAGAGGAGCUUGAAGAGGUGGUUCUGCAGACAGCCACAGUGACACUCAGGAAACCAGAGGAAUGGAUUUGAGUUUUCUGCUAAGAUUCUCUUUGUUAUGGUUUCUCCCUGAGUUGUAAGAGGCAUAGAAAUAUACAUGAAACUGAAGAACCUGCAAGGAAGGGAAGUGGCACUUUCCAUGCUGAGUGAAAACUAACCAAGUGGCAGUUGUGACUGAAAACACUGAAACCUACCACGUCCAGAUUCACUGGAUUGGGGAAUAGAGGAACGGUCACAGCUAGGAAGAAAGAAGUGAUACUGGAAAAGAAAACCUAAAUGAAGAGAAUGAGGAUGACUGCAAAGUAGAUGGCCACCUCUACCUCCACAGAGACAAAGUCAGCCUCGUGGUGGAAUUAUUUUUUUCUUUAUGAUGGUUCCAAGGUAAAGGAAGAAGGCGAUCCAACAAGAGCUGGCAUUUGUUACUUUUAUCCUUCCCAGACCGUGCUUGACCAACAGGAGUUGCUUUGUGGACAGAUUGCUGGAGUUGUCCGCUGCGUUUCUGACAUUUCUGACUCUCCUCCUACUCUUGUUCGUCUGAGAAAACUGAAGUUUGCCAUAAAAGUUGAUGGAGAUUACCUUUGGGUGCUGGGCUGUGCUGUGGAGCUCCCUGAUGUCAGCUGCAAUCGGUUUCUGGAUCAGCUAAUUGGAUUCUUUAGUUUUUACAAUGGACCUGUUUCCUUAGCUUAUGAGAACUGUUCUCAGGAAGAACUGAGCACGGAGUGGGACACCUUCAUCGAACAAAUUCUGAAAAACACCAGUGAUCUGCAUAAGAUUUUCAAUUCCCUCUGGAACUUGGACCAAACUAAAGUAGAGCCCCUGUUGUUGCUGAAGGCAGCCCGCAUUCUGCAGACCUGCCAGCGCUCGCCUCACAUUCUCGCUGGCUGCAUCCUCUAUAAAGGACUGAUUGUCAGUACCCAGCUCCCGCCCUCCCUCACCGCCAAGGUCCUGCUUCACCGAACAGCACCUCAGGAGCAGAGACUCCCAACGGGAGGGGAUGCCCCACAGGAACAUGGAAAAUGGAUGUCAUGGAGCUUCAAGAAUCGAGUUACCCACCAGAACCCUAAUGCUAGGAGUCAUGUUGCCUGCAGGGACUCUUUCCUUACUGGGCCCAGGAGUUCAAGCUGCAGUUUGGCAACCUGUGUCCUGGCUGAGGAAUGCACUCACAGCACCCCUUUCCGAGCCCGCAUGUGGGUUGGAUGCAUCACGCCAGUGCAACUAUUGCCCGUCUGCCCUCUCUGGCUCGGGGGAAAGCCCUGUUCAUGUUGCUUUGCAAUUCCAGGAGCGGCAUUGCCCCCGAAUGUCCAGAUUAUCCCUGUUUUUGUGACCAAAGAGGAAGCCAUUAGUCUCCACGAGUUCCCAGUGGAACAGAUGACAAGGUCUCUAGCAUCUCCAGCAGGACUCCAGGAUGGUUCAGCCCAGCACCAUCCAAAGGGUGGGAGCACAUCUGCCCUGAAAGAAAACGCCACUGGCCAUGUGGAAUCCAUGGCCUGGACCACCCCAGAGCCCACAUCCCCUGAUGAAGCUUGUCCAGAUGGCAGGAAGGCGAACGGAUGCUUGUCUGGCCAUGAUCUGGAGAGCAUCAGGCCCGCAGGACUGCACAACACUGCCAGGGGUGAGGUUCUUGGCCUCAGCUGCUCCCUGGGGAAGGAACUAGUCUUUCUCCAAGAAGAACUCGACUUGUCUGAAAUCCACAUUCCAGAGGCUCAGGAAGUGGGAACGGCCUCAGGUCAUUUUGCCUUCCUACAUGUGCCUGUUCCAGAUGGCAGGGCUCCUUACUGCAAGCCAUCUCUCAGCACCUCCAGCAGCCUGGAACCCACGCCUCCUGAGGACACAGCCGUCAGCAGCCUGCGCCGUCCCUCUGCUCCUGAGAUGCUCACCCAGCAUGGAGCCCAAGAGCAGCUCGAAGACCAUCCUGGCCAUAGCAGCCAAGCCCCCAUUCCUAGAGCAGACCCUCUCCCCAGAGGGACCCGCAGGCCCUUGUUACUGCCUCGCUUAGAUCCAGGGCAGAGAGGAAACAAGCUUUCCAUGGAGGAACAAGGCCUGGAUCAGGAUGUUGAUGGGGUCUGUGAAAGCCACGCAGCCCCUGGUCUGGAAUGCAGUUCAGGCUCAGCAAACUCUCAGGGUGCUGGCCCCUCUGCAGAUGGAAUCAGCUCCAGGCUGACACCAGCAGAGUCCUGCAUGGGGCUCGUGAGGAUGAAUCUCUACACUCACUGCGUCAAGGGGCUGGUGCUGUCGCUGCUGGCUGAGGAGCCGCUGCUGGGAGACAGCGCAGCCAUAGAGCAAGUGUACCACAGCAGCCUGGCGUCGCUGAAUGGGCUGGAAGUCCACCUGAAAGAGACGCUGCCCGGGGAUGAGGCAGCCUCCACGAGCAGCACCUACAACUUCACACAUUACGACCGCAUUCAGAGCUUGCUGAUGGCAAACCUGCCGCAGGUGGCCACCCCGCAGGAUCGCCGCUUCCUCCAGGCCAUCAGCCUGAUGCAUGGCGAGUUUGCCCAGCUGCCCGCGCUUUAUGAAAUGACUGUCAGAAAUGCCUCCACGGCCGUGUACGCCUGUUGCAACCCCAUCCAGGAGACGUAUUUCCAGCAGCUGGCACCUGCAGCACGGAGCUCUGGCUUCCCAAACCCUCAGGAUGGCGCCUUCAGCCUCUCCGGCAAAGCCAAGCAGAAGCUGCUGAAGCACGGGGUGAACUUGCUCUGAACUGCACCCAGGAGGUGACUGGGAAGGAGAAAACCAGCAAAGGAAGCUCUGCCUUUUAUAAUUGAAAAGGCCCCUCUAUUUUAUUUUUCUUGAAAACAUUCCCUUUUUUAGGAACAUAAUGAUAUUUGAGUUUUUGUUAUUCCUUUUGCAGAUUGGGAUGUGUUUGGGGGGCAGGGGUUAGUUCUUCAGGUCAGCAGACCCAGAGCACUUGACAAAGAACUGUAUUUCAUUGGUGAUAUUGGGGCCGGGACAGGCUUGGCUCCCUCUCUGCCAUACUGAGCCUGAGGUAUUUCAUAUCUCCUGCUGCUGUUCCAUCCCAGCUUGAACUGGUGCCACAAGAUUCCAAGUUGGCAUUUUUUCUAGAACCUGAUCGCCACUAGCCCAGAGUGUGUGUUCAACCCCCAUACCAGGUGGUGGUGGGCAGUGUGACUGCACAGCGAGGUGCUGGAUCUGUGAGCAGGCCGACUCCACGCCCACGCCACAGGUAGGUUUCUCCAGUGCAGUCCUGCUGGGAGGUCUGGAUCAUUCCUGCAGGGAAGCGGCAGCACACGGAGACCGCCUGGUUGAAUUCUGUUGGAACCCUACUCAAAUCCAGGGGCGUCUUCUUUGGACCCACAAUGGGGGCAAGCCUUAAUAAUAUGGAAGGGAGUUUGGGCUUUUGAGAUCCCUUUAUAAAAGCCCUGGGGGCUGAGCCCUGAGAAUUCAGUGACAACAGGACCAACCUCCCUGCCUUUGACUACAAGUGGGCUGUGCAGCUGGUUCCUCUCGAGCGAGUGUCCCUAAAUAGGAGUUUACAAGAUGUCUGGGGGUAAAAGCAACUGUGCUUUUCAGUGGUGGCUGCGUGAAAGGGAAUGACAUUCAGUUGUGUGUUCCUGGACUUGUGUGGUACUUAAAACGUCAGUUCUAUUACAUUAUAGUCAGACUUUUUUUUGACAGUAUGAGACAGAUUGCAGGAUGAAAAUAUUUGUCAAAAUCUUAACUGAAUGUUUACUGGAAGUACUUGAGAUUCCAUUUGAGAGUUGUAUUGUUAAUAAUUUCAUGUCAGUGAACUGAUAUCUGAUGUUUAUGAUAUGGUGUCUUUUUCUUGAAACAAGCUUCCAAGGACUAAAAAUAAAAUAGCCAAAAAAUGCUA